UGAUCUUGAAGAGUUUUUCCAAUUUGGUGAUAGUGCUAGUACUUUUAAAUCUUUACCUAAAAAACUAUGGAGUGGAAGGAGGGAUAUCAAAAGAAGAAGAUAUGGAAUUGGACAAAAAACUUAAAAUCCUUAAUAAGCCUCCUGUGAAAUCCAUUAAGACAACACUUGGUAACACAUACGACUGUAUAAACAUCUACAAACAGCCGGCUUUUGAUCAUCCACUGCUUAGAAAUCACAAGAUUCAGAUGAAACCAAACGUGAUUCAAGGAAAAGAGAUUGAUGGACCUACUUCUAGUAUGGUUUCCAGUGUUAUACGAUUUAAAAUUGAUGGGUGCCCUUCAGGAACUGUUCCUAUCCGAAGAACCACGAAGGAGGAUUUGGUAAAUGCAAAACGUGUCUCUAACCAAAUAGUGCAUCGCCAUUACGUGUCAGCUCAACCUGUUGCUGAAAAAUUGUACUAUGGAGGUAGGGCCAGUAUUUCUGUAGCAACUCCAAUUGUUGGUCCGAACCAACUUAGCACUGGUCAAAUCUGGAUACAGAAUGGCCCUGCGGAAGAACUAAAUAGUAUAGAGUUUGGGUGGGCUGUAUAUCCUAAUUUGUUUGGUGACAAUGCGACCCAUGUUUUCGGUUUGUGGACGGCCGAUGGAUUUAAAGAAACAGGAUGCUAUAACAUGCUUUGUCCUGGAUUUAUACAAAUCCACCCCACGUACACAUUUGGAGAACAUCUUAUAGGUGGUACUUAUGGAGGGGAACAAUUUACGUUUGAUUUUUCAGUUCAUCGGGAUCCAAAAAGCGGCAACUGGUGGUUCAUUAAUGGCGUAGAAAAUACAAAUAUUGGAUAUUGGCCAAAAGAGCUCUUUACUCAUUUAGAAAAUGAUGCCUCUGUGAUUAGUUACGGAGGGAUUGCGGGAGGAGAUAUUGGUGAUUCAUUUCCGCCAAUGGGACAUGAGCAUUUGCCAAUAUCGGAUCCAAAAUAUACAACUUGUAUAACAGACAUGAAAGUCUCUGAGAAACAUGGUAUUUUCUUAGACUUUGAUACAUCAAAAGUCCAACUGACACGCAAUGCAAAAGCUAGUUGCUAUGAUCUUAUUUUUUACGGUAAAGAUACUAUGUAUGGGAUAAUGAUGUUUUUCGGAGGACCUGGUGGCAACUGUACCUAAUUAUGAUCGAUGGGAAUCAAGUGUAGUAAUUUUAAUAACAAUAAUGCUAUUUGU